AUGAAUAGCUCUAUUGUAGAUAAACUUCAUAUUAAACAAAGUAGCUUUUUAUUUAAUUUUGUGCAGAUUAGAAAAUAUUCGACUUCUUCAGAAGAUAAUGUAAAAAGUGAACUUUGCUUUUCUAAUGCGGAUACUCAUAAAUUAGAAAUUCUUAAAGCUGGAAAAGAUAAGAGUGGUGUAUACAUGUGAACUAAUAAUCUAAAUGGCCAAAGAUAUGUCGGAAGUUCUAUACACCUUAGACGUAGAUUUUUAGAGUAUUUUAAUACUAAUACUUUAUUAAGAGACAGUAGUAUGGUUAUUUGUGCAGCAUUGUUAAAACAUGGUUAUUCUCAAUUUAGUUUAGAAAUUAUUGAAUUCUGUAAAAAAGAGGAUACUAUCUCUAGGGAGAAUUAUUAUUUAAACCUUUUAAACCCAGAAUACAAUAUUGUACAAAUAGCGGGUUUACCUCCUAAGGUAGAGCAUACUCCGGAAAUUCGAGAUAAAAUUAGUAAAUCUCUUAAAGAGUAUUAUAAAGACCCUAAAGCAUUAAUCAAUCAUUCAUUAAAGCAGGAGGGACAUAAAAGAAUCGUUACAGAUUUAACUCUUAAUAUUAAAACUUCUUACCAUGCGAUUCAUUCAGCCGCAAGGGCUUUAAAUGUAGAUAAAAGACAUAUUUCCCGUGCUAUUCUAUUAAAAUCAGAUAAACCUAUUUUAGCUAGAUUUAUAGUAGAAGCAGCAGAAGAUUUAAAAGAUUUAAAGAACUAUACACAAAAAAGUUUCAAACCUUUAUCUUUAACAGAAAUAAGUAAUGGGGUUAUCACUACACACCCUAAUAUAGCUUCUACAGCUAAAGCUUUGGGCGUAUUUCCUCAAAGUAUAGUUACAUAUAUUAGAAGAAAUACUGGAAAACCCUAUAAGGGUAAAUACUGAAUUAAAUUUCUUUAG